AUGAGCUAAAAUGCAGUCGUCAAGGCACUCAAAAUGCUUGUUCAGAAUAACUAAGAAUUACAAGAUAAGCUAAAAUUUACUACUUAGGAAGUUUAGAGCUAGAAGAAGAGGUGCACAUUUAGACCAGGCAUAUAAGUUACGAAUCAAUUAAAUUAGUUUAAUGCUUUGGUUAAAAAGGGAGAAUGGAAUGGAGAGAUUAGCAUUAAGGAUUACAAAGGAACUUUUAAAAUAGAACAUUGGAUUUAUAUUGAAUAAGAAUUACGUUCGUUAACUUAAUUGUCAUUACUUUAAUUUAUUAAUACUUAGUUAGAUAAGGAACAUCUAAAUAUACUAGGUAGACUCAUUAAUUGGAUAAAUCCAAUUGAUUUUACUUUAAUUUUGAAAUAAAAUGAAAUUGAUGAUUUGGAUGUUAAGGAUUUCUUAUAUGAUUUGCUAUUAAACAAAAUUAAUUUUUAAUAAAUUUUUAUUAAGAGCAAUCCUGGAAUUUACAAAGGCAGUUUCAUAAUUUAAUUAGAAUUAUUUCUCAAAAAAGAAUUCGAAGCCAAGAGACGAAAUUAUUUCUAUAAAUUAAUUAAGAAUCUUGAAAACUUCUCGAUGGGAUUGAUUAAGAUAUUUUACAAUGAAGUGGAUUAACUCUCAUAUAAAGAAAAAAUAGCAAAUGCAGAAUCGGAAAUCGAUUAAACAUCAUUUUAUGAUUUGAAAGUAGCAGGGUGUUUCACUAAUACCAACUAUAAAGCAUUUUAUAAUUUAAUAUAAUUACUCUAUCAUGAAGAUCAUUUGGAAUAGCUAGUUGGAUUGAAUAUAAAUGAUAAUUACCUAGGAGAAUUAGGAGAAUUUUCAAAAGCAUGUCAGCAAUUUUCGACUUCCAAAGGUUUACUAAAUUUGGAGAUGAGUAACUAACCUUUACUGCACAACUCUGUAUCUGUAGAGAGUCUAUGUGGUAAUCGUUAUGAUCAAUUAAGAUUGUCUAUGUUGAACAUUUCAUACAAUGAUAAAAUGACUCCAAAGGUAUUUGAAUUAAUAAGUUACAAUAUUUUAAAUGACUUAAAAGUAAUCAACUUUGACAAUUCAUUACCAGCUGAAUUACCAACUCUAUUAAAACUCUUUUAUUUUAUUGAAUCUUAUGAUAAAUAGAUAGCAAAUCUAAGUCGAUUGACAUAGCAAACCAAAAUUUUGUAAACUCUUAACCUUGAGGAAUUGGAUUUGUCAACAGUUGAAAAUUAUAAUAGACAUGACUUGAUGUAUAAACUCAUAAAGAAUACUUGUUUUAAUAUUCAUUCUAACUUAAGAAAAUUAACAAUAUCGAAUUGUGAUGCAGGAAGAAUGGAAGCCUACUAUAAAGCAUACAAUGACUUUGUCAAAGAAAUAAAAGCUAACUCUUCUAAUUGCUACUAUCAAAAUUACAGAAUUCCAUUGGUCGAGAUUUAAAUUCCAGAAUAAAGGUAUUCAAUGGAAACUCCAAUCAAUUUAUAGUUUUUAUUGUCACUAGUAUUUACAACUACAGAAGAUUAUUUGUAAAUGGAAAGUGUAACUUUUACUGAAGCUUUUAAUGUAAAUUAGAGAAAUGAGGCCUUUAAUGAGGCCCUGACAAUAAUCUCACGUUCAGAUUAGAAUGUUAGAUACACAUUAAAACAAUUCAAAGGUAUAAGAAUGAGGUUUUAUCUUGAAUAAAUUCAUUUCAAUCAAUUAGUGUUCAACAACAAUUUAUCACUAGAAAAGUUUUAUUUAGAAGAUACUUCAUUUGGCACUGAUUCUGAGUAGUUUGAAGAAGGAUUAACUACUUUUGUGAAUGAUCUUACAUUGAACAAUCAAUUUUUUGGUUUAAAAUCAUUCACAUUAAAAAAUGCAUAUGGAGCCUCAUUAGAACUAUAUUCUUCAAUUCACUAUUUGAUUUUUCACAAAUGCUCUUUCUUAGAAGAAUUAUGCUUGAUUGGAAUCACAAUAACCAUAAAAGAUAAAAACAAAGAAAUUUUAUAAGAGGUAAUGAAAAAUGAAUAACACUCUAUUAAAUCUUUAAAGACUUUAGAGAUUGGAAAUUUGUAUGGAGAAUAAGUAUAUGAAAAUAUAUUUGAAUUUGUUGUUUUGAAUUCUUACAUAAGAUUGAAUAAACUUACAUUAAUAGAGAUACCUAUAACAAACUUUUUAGAAUCUAUAAUAACAAAAAAUAUCAAUAUUGAGGAUCCUGAUCAUUAAUUAUCAUAAUUAAAGUAAUUAUCUUUGGAAUCUAUUGAAUUACCUGACGUUAACUAAUGGCAAUUAUUUGUAUAAACAUUUUUAUUUAAUAUGAACUCAUAAUUAACAAGAUUGAGAUUAAAAUCUAUCAAGUUUUGUGAGAAUAUGUAGAAAGCAAUACAAAAAGUGUUUGAAAAUCUAAUUAAAAAGAUAGAAUUAUAAAAUUAAAUAAUCAAACCAAGACUAAAUUCAUUAACUUUAGAAAGUUGUGAAAUUUAAACUGAAUUUUUAAUUAUGUUUGCAUUGAAUCCAUUCUGUAAAAUCAAAGAACUUUCAUUAAAUGAUUGUCAUGGUUUUGAUAAAUAUUUAAUGUCAUCCAAACAAAUAAUUAAAGAGAAUGAGCUAAAAGAAACAUUAACAUUGAGUUUGAAUUCCUUUGUAGCCAUUAAUACAGAAAUAGACGAAGCUUUUGAAUGGUUCUUUGAAGAUAUCGUAUUUAAUGAAGCCAAAUAAUAAUUAACUACACUUGUGUUGAGGAAUUGUAAAUGCCAGAAAAAACAUGUGUAAUCUCUUUGCAAAAUAAUAACGAAUUUAAAAAACAAGGAGAAAAAUAACAAUUUGAAAAGAUAUUUUAAAUUAAGAGACAUUGAUUUAAGCUUAAAUCCUGAUAUCUCUGCAAAAUAAUGGAAUAAUUUAUUUUCAAUUCUUUUAGAUGUCAAUAAGAAUAAUCUAGUUUAAUCAUAAAUUAAAGAAUAACAAGAAGGCGAAAAUAAUAAUGAAGGAUCAUUAGAGGUGGAAAAUAAACUCUCAGAAAUAAAGACAAUAAUCAAGAAUUAAGAUCUAAAUUUAGCUGAAAAGAUUUUAUUCCAUUAUAAUAAAUUCCAAUUUUAACCUCCUUAAUAAUUAAGGUACUUAGAGUUGGAUAUGAAUUUGACUUAUUCUCCAGAGGAAUAAACUCAAUAAAUAUAUAAAGCAUUAGUAUGUGGAAUUAUUUGUCAUCCUUUAAAUAAAUUGGUUAUAUUGAAACUAUAAAAUUUUAAUAUUGAAUUGUUUAUGAGAAAUGUGGAAGAAUAUUAAAAAUAUGGAUAAUAAUUAUAGAGAUAAAUAAACGUAAAUGAAGCAUAUAAUUAUUAAUUAGAAGAAAUUACAAUGGAAGGGAUUACAAAUGAUAGUGAAGAAACUACAAGAUUAUUUGUAAAUUAUUUUAUUUGUUCUAAAUAUAUAAAUUUGAAGAAAUUAGAUUUAUCAGGUUUCAAUUAUGGGAUAAUUAAAGAAAUAAUAUAGUAAUCAUAAUAAAAAGAGAAAUAUUAUAUUAAUCAAUUAAAUUUGAAAGGAAUUUCAGAAACAUUAGAUAGAGAUAAUAGUUUGAAGUUCUUCAAAUAUUUUAUAUUUGGUGAAUUAUUCCCAAUUGAAUGUCUUGAAAUUGGAGAGUAUUUUAAUUUUGAGGGUAAAAUCAACACAAAUGAUUGGUAUGGAUAAAACAAAUAUGAAAAAGAUAUAUUGUUGAAGAAAUUAAAUAUUUAUUCAGGAGGAUAUGAUAUUGAUAAAAUAGAAACAAUGAGCAAUUUAAUGAAUGAAAUAUUAUAGAAUCCAACAACUUAAUUAGAUGAAUUAACAAUUACUGGUGAUGAAUAAGAAUGUAGAUGUUUUGAUGCAUUCUAUGAAAGAGGAUUGAAAGAGAUCAAAUAAUUACAUAUCAAAAAAUUAGUAAUAUCAAACACUGUGUUGAUUGAUGACAAUUUCUUAUCUUUAUUAAAUAAAUCCAGAAAUUUUUUGGUAAAUUUAUAAUUAUAGGGUAUUACAUCAUAUGCAUAAACAGAAACCAUAUUAAAUGAAUAAAUAAAUUCAUCAUUAAAUAAAGUAUGUGAUCUAACUGUAAAAUCUAUAAAAGGAGAAGAUGUUUAAGUUUUGUAAGAGAAAUUUUGUUUUAACAAAAACUUUAAUUUUACAUCUUUUACAUAUUGCCAUUUAGACUCUUUUAAUGAGCAAUUAAAUAUUGGAAAUGAAUAUGAAAAAUUGAAAUAUUUAAAAUUGAGUUUUGACCUUUAUUAUAAUAAUCAGGAGCAACUCAGUGAGGAAUCCUUAAGAAUAAUUGGUGAAAAAUUUAUAUAUAAUGAGUAAAGUUAACUUGAGGAAUUAACUUUUCAUCAAUGUCAUUUAAAACCUCCCGGAAUUCAAGCAUUAACAGAAGGUGCAUCUAAAUUUAGAAGUGAAAUUGAAUCAAGAAAUAAAUAAAGUUCAACUUAGUUAAAAUUAAAGAGAUUCAAUAUUUAUUAUAGUUUGUAUAUAGGAUUAGAAGGUGCUGAAUUAAUAAACAAAGAGAUUUUAUACUUUGAAUACAUAUCCAUUGAGCGAAUAGAAUUGGAAGUUACAAAUUGGAGUAGUGAGAUGUAAAUAGAUCUUUGUAAAUAAGCAAUAAAUUGGUUAAAAUUCUAAAAACAAUUUAAACGAACUUAUAUCAAUCAUUUACCAUUAAAAUAUUUCGAUAUUGGAAGGAAUGAAUUUGUAUAAACUGAAGAAGCAUGGAAUUUAACUUGCUCAACAAUAUUAUUUAGUAAUUUAACACCAUGUAUGGAAACAGUCUUUUUACAUUUCAUGGCUCUUACAGAUGCCUCUACCGAAAUUAUUACAAAAAAUGCCAGAACAUAUUUUGCAUCCAAACCAUCUGGAUAUGUCUAUUAAGUUAAACGACUAAGUUUUUCUUAUAAUGGUUCAUUGACACAUAAAGGUUGGCUUGAUGUGUCUUAGAAUUUAUUCUUUCACCCAAAAGUGGAAUUAUUAGAAUUAAAUAUUUCAGACACUAAUUUAGAUAAUGAUCGAAAACUUUAGAAUAUCGUUGAUUCUGCCAUUCAAAAAGCAAAGAACUCAUCCAACAGAAAACUUUCCAUACACACCUUAUUGACUCAUAAUACUGUCUUAAAAUAAAAAAUACAACCAUAUCUAUCCGAUUAACCUGAAGGUUACGGUCCUCCUCCAGAUUUACCAAUAGAUAUAGAUUAUGGAAUGAAUGAUGUAGGUCGAUUCGCAGGAACUCCUGAAGAGUUUGGCUAUUUUAACUAAUUAUAAUAUAACAUUAUGUACAAUCAGAGAAACUUUAAAACAGCAAGCUGGACUGAAUAGGCAAUAAUUAAAGUCUCCUAAUAUCAUUUGAGUUUAGCUAAUCAUUAUAUCUAAAUUCUGAAUGAUCAUUUCAUAGAAAAUAGAAUGUAAUCAGCUACCAUUUAUUUAAAUUUGAAUACAUUAGAUUUAUUUUGCAAUUACUUUAAAUAUACAACUAAAGAACCUGGAUGUCCUUAUCCAUUUACAUUACUUUUUUAAAAUGACACAUUUUUGGCUUUUAAAUAAUAAAAUAGCAUAAUCUAAAAGAUAGUAAUUAUAAAUGCUUAAACUCAGGGAUUAGAAAAGGUAACACAUUAAUUCAUACUAUACAUUUGGGAGAAUAUCAAAUCAUAUUAAUCUUCAAUUGAUCAGAUAAUUAUGGAUUAUUAUUUAGAUGACGAUUUAAUCGAUGAAAUGUUUAAAUUAGGUUAUACAGAAGCUGAGAUUGUUUAAUUAAUCAGAUUGAUUCCACCCUCCAAAAUUAGAGUAUAAAAUACUUUGACUUUAUAAGCCAUCAAAGCAAUUUAUUCAAUUUUUUACGAUACUAAUCAUUUUGAAUAUUCAUCCAUAUAAUACGAUUUUGAUAACUUUUUAAAUAUUGGUAUUGGCUAUGCUUUAAGAGAAUUAGCUUAUAAUAUGAAGCCGAUUGGUUGCAGAAAGCUUUUUAAAAAGGUUUUAUAUAAAAUUUGUAAUGCCUUUGUUUAAUAAACAAAGCAGUAUAAAUUCAAUAAUGAAGUCACGAAUUUAAACAAAUUUUUAUCUACUAAGCAGAUUUACUUUUUCUUCUUAGUCAUAAAUAACUUAUUAUUUUUAGCAAUAUGUUUAAUCGCUCCUUAUUUUUUUAGUCACUACUAUUAAGGGGAUGCAUCUGCAGCUACAAGACAAGAUUUUUGUAUUAAUCAACCUAAUAAAGUGGCAUUUUAUUUAUAUUAUUCUUUUGCUGGAGUCUCUAUGAUUUUGGAGGCAUACAUAUAUAAGAACAUUAUUUAACAUGUACCAACAUUUAUCGAAAAAUUCGCAAUUUAGAUCUAUCCUAAUGAAGAUAGCUAAAUCUAGUAACAAAAAGAAAAUGAUGAGAAACCAAAAAGUGAUUAUAAGAAAUAAGGGUCUGUUUUGAAGAGUGCGCAAACAUAAUUAGAUAAAUUUGCUAAUUCCAGUUAAGCUAUAGUUGAGAUCGUAGUUUUAUGCAAAAAUAUCGUCACCAGCCAACUUGCUUAAAUACGAUUAAUUCAAUGA